AUGAACGCCAGAAACUUAAUGACAUCCUUCUCCCUAAUCUUUCUCCUGUGUUUCUUUCUAAAUUUUGUAACCGUUCAAGUUAAUGCAAAUGAAAAUAAUCAAACAAAAGAAGGAAACGUAAUUGCCCCUCCUGUGCCCUCAGGAAAUAACUCAGAUACUAAUGUACCAAAAAAAAAUGGAGCAGAAAACAACCCCCCAAUUGAGGUGGAAAGCGCUUUACAAGAACUGAAAAACUAUGCACAUAACAUAGAAAAGAAAACGGCAUCCAACAGAAAUAUAAUAGUCAGCGCAACCGUCAUUAACAUGGUUCUGUUGGCAUUAAUAUCUGGGCUAAUGGGAUACGCCACAAAAAAGGAAUUUAAAAAAGAACAAAUCGACACCGCAGAGGAGGUAACUCCAGAAGUCAAGAAGGAUAGUUUGUAA